UGGCAGCACUGGUCAGUGCGACUGCUAUUGCUAUUUUGCUAAUAAAUAAAUUGAUUUAAGUUUAAAUAUUAAAAUAAUAUUUAACACAUUUAUACUGUUUCCGUUUAAAUACAAACAAGAGUUUUGAAUAUUGUGAGUUUGCUUAAAAAUACGCAAAUGUUUAACAAAUACAAUACCCGCAACAACAGCCGCCACAGCACACCGGGGCAAUUUGUCCCGGCAAACUCCGUCGGCGAGGGCUCGUGGCUGACUGCCAACCCGGAUCAGCUGCGGCGUCCCAACCAGGUCGAAACCACCCAAGCGUAUGAGCCCGAGGAGCAUAAAGCGGAAAACCCAGCACAACGUGACCUCCAGGAUAGUGAUCAAGAGAUGAAAGCAGAAGUAAAUGUGUCCACCAACAAUGAGGAGAGUCGUCCGCCGUGGAUGAAGUCCAAGCUAGGUGGAGUGAAGAAAGUGACCAACAAGGAGCGGCGGCGGCGGCAGAACGAGACGCUGCGGCGGCUGCUCACGCCGAAGAACGCGCUCAUGGUGCUCAACGAGAUGCUGCCCAAGGACCAGCUCGCCUCCAAUUUCAAAGUGGAGACGGUGUCGAGUGCGGGCCAAUACGUGAAGCCGCACUCCUACCGCGCCAACCUCACGCUGGAGGGGAACAACUACAAGGGCUUUGGUGAGAACAAACUGUCGGCGCGCAACGCGGCGGCGGAGCAGGCCAUACGCGACCUCAUCAUCAAGAAGAUGACCAAGGUCAUCGCCAGCGAGGUGGGUAGCAUCGGCGAGGAGUGCGAGGAGGAGCCGCUGCCGAUGAUCCAGCUGGCGUCCUUCGCGCUGCACAAGCUGUUCUGCGAGUGGGAGGUGGAGGGCCACAAGGUGCCGCAGUUCAGGUCGCUCACGACCGCGCUAGGGUCCGAGCCGGAGCUGUCGCAGGAGGCGCAGACGGCGCAUUCGGCGCAGUCGGCGCAGACGGCGCAGACGGCGCAGCCGGCGCAGACGGCGCGGGCGGCGCGCGGCCCGAAGAAGGCCAAGACGCUGCCGGCGGACGCCAGCAGCAUGCACCCCUGCAUGCUGCUGACCUACAUGCGGCCGGCGCUGGAGUACCGCGAGCUGGCGGCGCAGGGCGACCGCCCGCAGAACAUGCUCUACACCUUCGCGCUCGACGUCGACGGCGCCACCUACGUCGGCAAGGCGUCCAACAAGAAGGAGGCGCGGCGCGCGGCGGCGCAGGCGGCCUGCAAGGCCAUCUUCGGCAUCGACUUCAAGAGCGCCAUCUCCUACACCACCUAGCUGCCCCCCGCACCACGUGGCGCUUCUAUGAAAACGUCUUGUUCCAUACAAGUCUCGAGGCGGCGGAUUCCAUAGUGUACGUCAAAGAGGCAAACCCGAUAAAAUACGUGCAAAUAAAUCUAAUAAAAAUUUAUCAUCGGUA